UGCUGUAAGCUUUAUUUGUACUGGACAGAUGCUCAGACGGGUCUGUAUUGGUCGAAGGACGUGAUGCUGCAGUCGCUGACAUCCUUUAUUUGAUAUGAGAGACGACCAUAGGCACAAAAUCCUAACAUGGCAUCAGGAAAACGGUGUCGAUUCAUAAGGGCGACAUGAGUGUGAGCUGCAGAAGAAAGCAACCUGAGCUCUUCAAACCUGAAAACACACGAAAGCUGCAGAGAGACGGUGCGUUUGCUCUUCGAGUCGUCUUUCUGGAUGACAGCGAGCAUGUUUUUGACAUGGAGCAAAGGGUGCUGGGGAAAGAUUUCUUCAGCGCUGUAUGUGGACACCUAAAACUUGUGGAAAGGGAAUACUUUGGACUUGAAUUUCGACAUCAUUGUGGCAGUUAUGUUUGGCUGGAACUGCUUAAGCCUCUUGCAAAACAGAUUAAAAGAAGAAACGAUCUGACUUUCCGCUUCAUAGUGAAGUUUUUCCCUCCAGACCCCGGGCAGCUGCAGAAAGAACUGACCAGGUAUCUGUUUGCGCUGCAGAUCAAGCAGGAUCUGCGUAACGGCAGUCUGACGUGUAACGAUAACAGCGCUGCUCUGCUGGUUUCGUAUCUUCUGCAGGCAGAGAUCGGCGACUACGUGGAAGAGCUGGACAAGCGGCAUUUGGACAACAAGAGGUACAUUCCCAACCAGGAGUGCCUCCACAAAAAGAUCACGCGUUUCCAUAAGAGACACAGAGGUCAGUCCCCAGCUCAAGCGGACGGUCAGCUGCUCGAAGUGGCCCGUAAACUGGACAUGUAUGGCAUCCGGCCUCACGCCGCCAGCGAUGGAGAAGACAUGAGAAUCAAUCUGGCCGUCACUCACUCUGGAGUGCUGGUUUUUCAGGGAAACACUAAAAUAAACACGUUCAGCUGGGCCAACGUUCGUAAACUCAGCUUCAAGAGAAAACACUUUUUGAUAAAACUUCAUGCAACAAUCGCGGCGUCUCGUAAGGACACUGUAGAGUUUGCCAUGGCCAGUCGAGAUGUUUGUAAGGCCUUCUGGAAGAUGUGUGUUGAGUACCAUGCCUUCUUCCGUCUUUCUGAGGAACCGAAGGGCAAGCAAAAAUCGCUGCUCUACAGCAAAGGAUCUUGCUUUAGAUACAGUGGAAGAACUCAAAAGCAGCUUUUGGACUUUGCGAAGAAAUCCGAGAAGAACAAUUUUCCUUUUCAGAGGAAGUACUGUAGAGAUUACUGUGAUUCACGGCAGUGCAGAUCCUCGCCUGACUUACUGACUGACGUUUCCAAGCAGGCGUACGAGCUGCAGUCCUGUGGUUUUCCUCACGCGGGAAGCGGCAUGCGCAGUCAGUCGGCCGUGGAGGUCCUCGUCUCCUCAGAGCCGGAGGAUUCUCAGGCGUCUUCUCUCCGGCCCCGAGGCCCCGGGGCCGACGCAGGGCCCGGUGCGCAGCGGGAGCACAAGGACAACCGGAGAGCCAGGUGCAGGGCCUGCGCUCCGCAGCGAGGCCGUUCCAACAGACGCCCGCUGGUCCUGCUUUACCCAAACCAGCUGCUGGCCGUGUGCCCUCCGCUGGCUCUGGAUCACUCCUGCGCUCCGGUCCUGCUGCCCUGCUGCAGUCACCAGACUCCCUCGUUCUGCCUUCUGGACGACGCCAUGCGCUCCUCCAGCUUCUCGGGGGCCUCGUACGCCCCGCUUAUGCGGUACGCCGGGAUAGGCUGGCCCCCGCUGCUCGGAGCGCCGCCGGGGCUUUACCUGGCGGGCGGCUUCGGAGAGCGAGAUCAGGAAGAGUUAGGCCACUUCAGCGACGACUGCAGCUAUCAGGCGGGACUCCCUCGCCGCUCGUACAGCCAGUCCGACGUCAAGCUGCUGUGCGAGCCGGCGGAGUUUCGCCCGCUGGGUCACUAUCCCCAUCUGUCUGGACGGCGGGGCCCGGCGCGGCCCACGUACCUGCCGCUGCGCUCGGAGCGACCCACGGGCGGCAGCAGGUCAGAACUGAGCCACAGCGACUCGGAUCCGGACGUGGUGUGUUCCUACUACUGUCCCGGGAUCGGCAGACCGGUGCGCUCCGCGCCUCUGGCACGCUUGCGCAUCUCCUCCGGAAGCUUGCAGCUGGACGAAGACGACGACGAGCGUUCGUUUAGAGAUGAAGGGGCAUCCUCUGCGACGGCCGUCAAAGCCAAACACAAGCCAUAGACGCACAGACAAAAUACAAAUGGUCGUAUUUUUAACUAAUGUUAACAAAGAUGAAUAAACAGUGCAAUAAAUGUAUUGCUCGUUGUUCACGUGUUAGCAUUUAAUACAUUAACAAAAGACAUAUGUUUGAUUACAGUAGCAAGUUGCCAUGGUGAAAGCUUUUGACAGCAACAUGGCGAAGGAUGCAUUAAAAAAAAUAAUUUUAGAUAUGAUCGGUUAUGAACGGACCUCUAUCAAGCAAACAGAAAAAACAAGUCACGCUAAAAUGUCAUAACUUAAAUCUUUAUUUGCCACACCAAACAAAAACUUAUCUGUAACAGUUAAAAGUCCAAAAAUGAUGAGAACAGCAUCUAUAUGAUACAACCUAGAAAGAUUUCUGUCUGGCGUCUUAAAUUUACAAAAGCUCUGGUGAAGAAAUGUACAAAACCUAUAGCUUCUGCAUCUACAUUUCUAUAAAGAAAUAUACAAAUCCA